ACAACGAAGAUCCUCGCUUCCCCUCCUCUCUGCCGCCGCCUCCAUUUCGGUCAGCGGAGCCCGAUCCCGGUACCGGCCCCGGGCCUGAGGCGAGGGCAGCUCCGGCGCGGCCCAGCCGCCCGCGGGUGGGGCCGGCCCCGGGGCGGUGCUGCCGCGGCCCACCCGCCUCGCCUCAGCCGGGAGAAGCACCUGUGGUGCCAGCGAGCCCCGCGCCGCCGCCGCCGCCGCCAGGGUUGACCCAAGGACAGCUUCAUUCUGCAAGAAUCAGUUAGCAAGAUCUGCAUAUUGUUCCUAAGGGGAAACAUGUCUGAGAUUGACUAUGAGAAGUUAGCUGAAAUAGAACUGCAGAAAGAUGAAGCAGAAGAUACACAGUCAGAACAGAAAGAAACAUUAUUGCCUUCACCACCUGAGGAUCCUGAGCUAAAUAUCAAUCACCCCUACUACGAUGUUGCGAGACAUGGCAUCAUCCAGUUAGCAGGUGAUGACAAUUCUGGAAGGAAGGUGAUUACUUUCAGUUGCUGCCGUAUGCCCCCCUCCCAUCAGCUCAAUCACACCAGAUUGCUGGAGUACUUAAAGUAUACUUUGGACCAAUAUGUAGAGAAUGAUUAUACGGUUGUCUACUUUCACUAUGGCCUGAAGAGUCUGAAUAAACCAUCUCUGAAAUGGUUACAAACAGCCUACAAAGAAUUUGACAGGAAGUAUAAGAAAAACCUUAAAGCACUCUAUGUUGUACAUCCAACUAACUUCAUAAAAAUUCUGUGGAAUAUCUUUAAACCUCUUAUAAGCCAUAAAUUUGGGAAAAAAAUCACCUACUUGAAUUAUUUAAGUGACCUGAGAGAACAUCUCAAAUAUGACCAGCUAAAUAUCCCUCAAGAAGUCAUCCGACAUGAUGAAAAUCUUCGGGGGAAACAGAAGGGAAAACUGCCACCUGUGGUUAAGGUUCCUCCACCACGGCCACCUCUACCUACACAACAAUUUGGAGUCAGCCUGCAAUAUAUCAAGGACAAAAAUAAAGGUGAACUAAUCCCCCCAGUAAUGAAGGAAACUGUAUCGUACUUAAAAAGAAAAGGACUACAAGUAGAGGGCCUGUUUAGAAGGUCAGCCAGCAUCCAGACUAUCAAAGAUGUUCAGAAACUCUACAAUCAGGGCAAGUCUGUGAAUUUCGACGAUUAUCAUGAUAUCCAUAUUCCUGCUGUUAUCCUGAAGACUUUCCUUAGGGAACUCCCUCAGCCAUUACUAACGUUUGAGUGUUACGAUCAUAUCCUUGGAAUCACCAGUGUGGAGAGCAGUUUACGAGUCACCAGAUGUAAACAAAUAAUUCAAGGACUUCCUGAGCACAAUUACGUUGUUCUGAAAUAUCUGAUAUGCUUUCUCCACAUGGUUUCACAGGAGAGCAUAUAUAACAGAAUGACAGCAUCCAGCCUGGCCUGUGUCUUUGGCUUGAAUUUGAUCUGGCCGUCGAAAGGAACAGCCUCCCUGAGUGCUCUGGUACCUCUGAAUCUCUUCACUGAACUACUGAUAGAUUUCUACACAAAUAUAUUCAACUCCCGAACAGUGCCUGGUGAGAUUUUACCUUAAGGCUCCUAGAGAGGAAAAUGGAGCUGCCUGAGGGAAAGGCCUCCAUGCCUCAGACUGAAGCUUUAUAUUCAGGGCUCUCUCCUGCAAAGAAAACUCUCGAUGCAGGGUAAAGUUUCUAUAGCUUUCCAAAUACCAAAGAUGUUGGGAGAAGCCUGCUGUCCCAUAUAUUCUCAUCACAUGGGGGUGAAUAUAUAUGUGAACAUUCAAAGACCAACAGGUCAAAAUGAAUCCCCUUAUUAAACUUGAACAGCUGACAGAAGCUUGUAUGUUAAAAAAAUCAUGACACUACAUGCCAGUCUGUCAUUUCUUUGGGGAUCUGGAGACCUUAUGAUGUGGCAUUAUUUUCUGCAUGGGCAGAACUAAAUUCUGGACCACUCCUGAAUUACAGCUUUCUUCCUUUUUUUUUUUUUCUUUUUUUUUACUUUUUUUAUUUGAAUGCAAGUUUGUUAGAAAUGUCCCUGUUAAGUUAAUAAAGAUGGAAUCAAUUUUUAAGAUGCUACAAUUUCUAAACUGGUUUUCCACAUAUUUAAGUGUUUUGUUUUACACAAAAAGGUGGGGGCAAUUGUGGCACAUCAGGUUUGCAAUUACCAAGAAGAAUAUAGUGUUUCCUGGGUAAUUUGAGUUGUGCAGACAGCUAACUAAUUAUGCUUGCAAAUAUCUAAGAUAGGAAGUUAAUCACUGUAGCUGCACAUGCAAAGUGUGUGGCAGAUUUUUUUCUUCUUGUAAGUUCAAAUAGCAAUAAUCUCACUGGGGUUUUGUCUCUAAAUACUUGGACAUUUUCAUCAGUGGAGCUAUAUCUGUGAGUUUAUAAUACAGAACACAGACUGACUUUGAGAAGAGUA